CUUUACAUCUCUGAACAGCAGAAACCGCCUUUGUGUUCACCAGCUCGGAUCUUUUCCUUUGAAUAGCUGCUGUUUUUGUUUCCACUGCCAUUCCAUGUUUCCCAAUGACUCUCUGCCCACCAACACAGUCAAGCUUUCUAAAGAUGACCAGGAAACUAUGGUGGGCAUCAGUGCCAUCAUGGAUAAUGUCAGAACCAUUCUCUUUGCACUGACUGCUGUGCUCGGCAUCACAGGAAACUCUGUGGUCAUCUGGGUGGCUGGAUUCAAAUUUAAGCCAAAGGUCACCAACGUGUGGCUGGUGAAUCUGGCGAUAGCAGACCUGAUCUUCUGCUUCACACGAGUUUUCACUCUUACUGAGAAGCUCUUCUUUCAGCACUUUUCUUUCGGCCUCUUCGUCUGCAAGUUAAACGCCUUCUUCAAAUACACCAACAUGUUCUGCUCUGUCUUCCUGCUGGCUGUGAUCAGUCUGGAUCGAGUGCUUUGUGUCUGGCAACCUGUCCUCACAAAGCGUCGUCGCACCCUGUGGGCAGCGAGGGUGGUGGCAGUCUGUAUCUGGAUUGCAGCGAUGCUCUUCAGCAUUCCUUACUUCAUCCAUCACCAAGUCUCCCUGGGCAAGAAGAACCUGAGUACGUGCUGUCUUCAUCCAAAAGAGAAGGGGUACAACAGCACCAAAGUUGCUCUCUACUUCAUCCACUUCCUGUGCGGCUUCAUAUUUCCCUUCAUAGUGAUUCUGGUCUGUUACAUCCUGGCUGCUGUGGGAAUCCAACGCACUCGCCUGUCAGGGAAGUCCCGCCCUCUGCGUAUACUAGCAUGUUUGGUUAUUGCCUUCUUCCUGUGCUGGGCGCCUUACCACUGCCUCUUACUGGUGAAGAUGGUGGACAGUAAAAGCGCUCUGUUGAAAAUCUGGUACCCUGUAGCAGAGGGUGUUGCCUGCUUCAACAGCUGUGUGAACCCGCUGUUAUACUUCUGCAUGGGGCUAAAAGUCAGUGAGGGAUUUAGACAGAGUCUGAUAAGAGUUUAUAAAAGAGGCCUGGCAGAUGACAUAGAUGGCCAGAUGACUCACUCCGUUGAUCGCUCUUUGGAUUAAAGCUCUGGGUUGAAACACAGCAGUCUUGUAGUGGUAGGAAAGAGUCUAAAAUUUGGCUAAACUUUAAGUAUCUUCUAAUGAUCCUGAAGUUCAGAAAAACUACAAAAAAUCUACAAAAGAAUACCUGAAACAGAAACGAACUACAGUGUUCAAAAUCCAGAUUUCAACCUGAUUGAGGUCUACAGGGCAGUCAACAACAUAGAGUUAUUGGACUAAUGUAGGACUACUAGCAGCAACCAGCCAACCUAGUAAUGUCAUAUUCUAUUCACUGACAAGAUGGCACUGCCCAUGCUUUAAAAACUGUAACUUAAAUCACAGCCUCACAGAAAGUAUUAAAUUUGUGACAUUUUUGGGGGGAGAAGGCUCCGUGGUGUAAAUUAGGCUAUGUUGUGUUUCAUGUCCACUUUAAUGCACAUCAAAUGCCAAAUGAAUGAUCUCGUUCUCCUUUGUGUGGUCAUGUCUGAAAA